CACUUUCCCCAACGAUACCCUCAAAAAUAAGAAAACCAGAAAGAGUACGAAAACCCCCAAACCUAAGCCCCCUCACUCCCGAUGACGGCGCCGGAGAUCCUGGAGGUGCGGUGCGCCGGCUGCGGCGAGACGCUGGAGGUGGAGCAGGGGAUGACGGAGUUCGCCUGCCCCGGCUGCGCCAUGCCGCAGGCCCUCCCGCCGGAGCUCAUGCCGCAGCCGCCGCCGCGCCCGCGCCGCGCUCUGCCGCUCCACAACGGCGGGGUUGCUAGGGACCAGAUGCCGUGCGGCGGAUGCGGCGCUGUGCUUGCCGUGCCGCGGGGCCUCCGGCGCAUCACCUGCCCGCUGUGCGCCUCCGACCUCGUAGCCGACGGCGACCGCCUCCGGCUGCACCAAGACGGCGUACAGGUCAUUUCGCCUGCAGCCGUUGCUUCUAUCGCGCCCACGUCCCUGCGGCGGUCGGAGGAAGAGCCCAGAAGCCAAGUGAUUCACGUGGGACAGGUGCAAGUAGGAAGGUACAAUAAACCAAUCCAUUUUGAGCAGGAACGUGAACCCUCUUUUGCUGGUUCAGUUCAUGAAGAGUCAACCAAUUCACCCAGAUCAAACCCAAAGAUAGCAGUUCAUGUGCGAUGUGCAAAAGAUGCACCUGUUGAUCUUGAUCAGUUAUUUCAUAGAGAUGAGUCACACAUUAAAUUACCCAAUGGAACUGUUCCCAGGCAUGGUUUUAAGAAGAAAGGUGAUCUAUCUGCUAGUCCUGGAUCCAUUUGUGCAGAGAGGAUAGUGCUGGACCAUCCUAGUAAGGUCAGCAACGCACUGCGAUCACAAGGUGGGCCUUCCAUUCAUUCAUUUCAUACAGAGGCGGUACAUGGGCAGCAUCAAAGUAACAUCAUUGGAAAUCAUGAAAACCAGAAACCUAGACAUGCUUCAGUGGCUAGUAUUGUGGAGCAGGAAAUAGUAAAGCCUCCGAGUCACACUGCUUCUGGAAAACAGGUGCAUACUGAGUCGCAUGGUAACACAACUGGACGGAAUCAGAAGAGGAAAAGGAGCAGCUGGACUACUGGUGGGAAGCGCAAGAAAAAACAUAUGGGCUCAGACAAAGAGCUUCAUCCUAAAUGUAAUAAGUAUUCAGCUGCCCAGCCAGAAUAUACUCCAAAUAGCAAUACUGUUCAGGAGCCAGUUUCUUCCCCGGAUGAAAAUCAGUUUAAUCCUGCAGAUGUUGACAGAAUAAUUUACCCUACUUCAUUAUCUCAGAAGCAGGCACCUCUAGUGGGAUCACACGAGUUGGACAACAUUGAUGCAACCUUGCCUCCUGUCUCUAGAGAUCAUGGUACAUCUCCAGUGAACCAUGUUUCACGGUGCCACUGUCAAUGCUCAGCAGAUGCUAUGGGUGCUCUUGCUAACCGGAGUUUCAAUUCAGAACAGGAGCAUGAGAUUCCUCAGGGAAGUUCCAAUGGGAUUUGCCCGCAUCGUAAAAAUGGUGCACAAGGGCAACAGAUACAAGAUGACAGUCAUCCUGUGCAGGUGGGAGUUGAGUGUCACCACAACAAAGCUGCGGGACAACACAAGAGUGUAGCAAAAGGCCGCAUGCAUUCGCCAAAUGAGAGGGACUAUAUUGAAAACCAGUCUCGCACUGGUAUUCUCCAGCAGGUGGCCGUAGCUACUGCCUGCUGUCAUCCUACCCCAUCACCGCUGUUGACCGCUACCCGCUUGCCCAGUACCACUGUUCCUUCUGUCACAAGAUCAUCAGUUCAUCGAUCACCACCGUAUUGCGAACCACCAGAAACUAUCCAUUCCCAGGAUGCUCAUGCUCCUGGCAUGGGAUAUAUGAAAUCUAAAGUGCGCAAGGGGAGGGGCCCUGCAAAACUCACUGAACCACGUAGGGUAGCUGACAGGCCUGUGCUGACUCCGACUAACGUGGACACAUGGGAUAUCGACCCUCCUUGUCCCAAGGUGGCUUCUACCAUCACUUUACUUCUCAAGCAGUGGCACCCAGGGUCAACUUACGUAAUGGCUUGUCAGCAAACCAGCGAAGUACACCCACAACAAUUGGUUCUCCACUUUCACCAGUAUCAUUCGGAUAGAAGGGCUAUCAUCUUGGAUGAGUUCCUUCGACGUUACAAGUGGGCCCCUGGGCGGGAGGCAGAGUGCCUGAAGCUAUUCAACCGCAGAACAGUCAGACAGUUCACUGGACUCCUGUGUGAUGAGAAGCGAAAGGCUAGAGUGAAGUUGUUUGCAUCAAGGAAAGUGAAAGGAGCUUCGGAUGCUACCAAGUCCAAUGGACAGUCAAAUUUGGAUGACAAGGGUGCUAGCAAAAAGUCGAAGCUGCCGCGCAGAGACCCGGCAGGUGUAGGGCAUGAGGAUGACGACCCUCUUCAGUGGAAGCAGUUCCCUCCUGAAUGGAUGCUGCCAAAGUGGUGGGAGAUGCUAUGUGAGCACUGGGCUUCAGAAGAAAAUUUGCAGUUCUCUGCCCUGAUGAGGAAGAAUCGGUUCACAGGAGGCUCCGCCCGGCACACAGCAGGCUCCCGGAGCAUAACCAUGCAUCGCAAACUUAUGAUGAUAGAGAAUGGUGGGAAGCCGGUAUCGGAAGUUGAACUAUUUAAUAAGACCCAUAAACAUGGCGGCGGUAAGUGGGAAUUUGUUACCGAGAAAGCAAGGCGAACCGUGGAGGCCUUCCAGCGGCGUUUAGAGGAGGCAGGUGAUACUGAACUAGACCCCCAUGUUGUAUGGUCGGAGGAGGUAGGGGGCCGUAACCGACGGAGGUACUAUGGACUCCCUGGUAUCAUUGACAAAGGUCGGAUAGGCAACUUGUCAAAGUCCAUCCCAGGUUCUUUAGGUCGAAAGAGAAGGCAGCUGUUCACGCAGGAUCAGGUGCAGGAGAUGAUCAAUCACGCCACACGGCAGAUGAAUGAAACUUGGGAGAACAGGUUUCAGUCUUUGGAAAAGAGUAUGCGUGGCAUGGCAUCAUCGGAUAUUUCACAGCAUGCUUCAGCAGCUGGACCUGGGGCUGAGGAUGACGAGGCAUCACACGAGCAUACAUCGGAUUCUACUGACGAUGGAACAUAUCAAUCCGCAGAAGAUGACAGUGGGGGGCAUAGUGGUGAUUAGGAUUUAGGAGCACAGGAGUCACAUUUCGGCGCAAUUGCUUUGUGCAGAUUGUCUGUUUUCAUUUUGUGCAAACUGUUUUUUGUAUAUAUUGGAGUAUGGAAAUAUUGUGCGUUAUUCAGUUUUAUUAUUUUAGGUGUAUUUUUUAUGUACACCCUCUAUUCAGAAAUGUAAAGAUGUUUUGGCA